GUCGUUAGUUAGCUUACCUUGAUAUCCUUUUAAUGUCACGGUACCGUUAUAAUGGGUCCAAGAUUCCCACCUCGGUUUCUCACAUGUCACCACGUAAAUUCAAUAAGUGUUCACUUGCCAACGUCUAUCUACCUGCCACUGUCUUCUACUUGGACGAGAACACGCUAGCCAGAAAGGAUUAGCGUGUGCUAGCUGUUUGGCUUGUUGUGGCAAAUGUUAGAUAACAGUUAAAUCCCUUACGUGCCAGAGCACUGUGUGGCGACGAUGCUACACUUACGCACGGUUAUACGGUUAGAUGAGUAUAAAAACGACAAUGACUUGUAAGGACGUCAAAUAGCUUUUUGUUCGGCUGUCGAAACUUGUGUUCGCCAGUGGCUUGUGUUUGUUAUUGCUUGCUCCAGUGCCUUGGCUCUUCUUUGCGUGUCGACAUUGAAUAUGACUCAGCGGCAUGCCGACCUACAGCGCCAACAGCGGCUGAAUGUGGAAACAGCAACUAAUCAGCAUAGAUGGGAUAAAUGGAUUGGAUUGACAUUAUUUCCUACAGGAAAAAUUGCUUUGGAUUCAUCUGACCUUUGGGAAGUAGAGGUACCACUGUAUCCAUACUUGGUGCAUCACUGAAAUAAGGACACUGUCCAAAGCACUGGAGGCUCAUUGCCUUGAAAAGGAACGGAAACACAGAGUGGACUAAUGACCUCUCAUGAAAUUUUCCAGAAGCAUGGUCAACGCGACAGUACUCACCUUCACCAUGACUGCAUAUGCGGUCAUGGAGAACUACAAACACAAGCUCUUUCUUCUUUUCCUAUUGAUGUAUGUUGCUACUGUCUUCCUAAAUGUACUGCUGAUCGCUGUCAUUGUGCAAAACAAAGAGCUGCAGCAGCCCAUGAAUGUUUUUGUGUGCAUGUUAUGUUUGAAUGAGAUGUACGGCAGCAGCGCCUUGUUGCCGUCAGUUAUGAGCGUGCUCCUGUUCAAGACUCCUGAGGUCAGUGUCAAGUGGUGCAUGGCUCAAGUCUUUUUCCUGCACACGUAUGCAGGGGCUGAGUUUUGCAUAUUAGCUCUCAUGGGGUACGACCGCUUUGUUGCCAUCUGCUACCCCCUCCAUUAUAACACAAUCAUGUGCCAUUCAAAGGUGAUCAAACUGGUGGUAUGUGUGGGUCUCUAUCCAUUUGUUCUAUUUGCCGGCUAUUUCUGUCUCACCCUGCAGCUGAGUUUUUGUGGGAAAAACUUGGCAAAGUUAUACUGCGUCAACAUGGAACUGGUAAACAACGCGUGUUCAAAUGUAUCGCACAUAGGUAUCGUGGGGCUUGUGCUGAUUUUAUUUUUUGUCGUCCCUCAGGUUAUCAUGAUUGUUUUCUCCUAUGGUCAAAUAGCGAGAGUGUGUAAGAAAUUAUCAAAAGAAUCUCAAGGAAAUGCUCUUAAAACAUGCGUCCCACAUUUAUUAUCUUUGCUCAAUUACACCAUUGGCUCCAUGUUUGAAAUUAUCCAGACGAGGUUUAGUAUGAAUCACAUCGCCAUGGAAGUACGCAUCUUUUUGUCUUUAUAUUUUGUCAUCAUUCCACCAAUUACCAACCCGCUGCUGUACGGACUCGGAGCUCAAAUUGUUCGAGUCCACAUCAUCAAGUUGUUUAUUAAAUACAGGAUCUUGAUGGCAAAAGUGACAAGGAGGAUGAUAACGGCUUAAUCUCAAGCCUAAAGCCAGGGGAGGUCCAAUUUUUCUAAGUAUUUGUGGGCCGUUUGAUAUUUUGGAAUUUUUUGCAACCCAUGUAGUAGGUAUGCUAAGAACUCAUAUAUAUUUAAAGAAAAAAACAUCUUGCAUGCCAGCUUGUGUUUUUUCUUUUUUCUAGUAUUCUUAUUUAAUUGCAUUUUUUUAAAAAUACGUUGACUCCUAGGACACACUUUGGAGACCCCUGCAUCGACAAUGAUCCAUAAUAAUCAUCCAUAAUAUGGAAAAAUGCAGUUUAUACAUUUCCUCCGUGCUAUGUACCUCAUCGUUUUUCUUGUCACAUUUUUAAUCCAUACAAAGCAAAGAGAAACGGACACCGCUGAUUCAGAUUCAUGUCAU